AUGCUUGCCCCCAAUCUCACGCCUUUUCUCUUUUCUCUCCUUCCUCUCCUGACAAAUGCAGCAACUCUCUUCGCUGCACAGUCGAGCGGCCACUUGACCACACUCUCACUCACCCGCCAUGGCAAAUCCUACAAUCUGUCCGCUACAUCCACCACACGAGAGGCUGGCGGCAACCCUUCAUGGCUUAACAUCGAUACCAAACAGAGACUCCUAUACUGUCUAGACCGCGGCCAAAGCAACGCAACAAAAGGUUCACUUAACUCCUUCAACAUCGGCUCAAACGGCGUGCUAGAAAAGAUCGCCAGCGUUGAUGCACCAUUUUCGGGCGUAGCAGCUGAGUACUUCGACCUCGGCGGCGGGAACAGAGCAUACGUGACUGCGAGCUACAAUCAAUCAGCAAUCGCAGCCUUCUCGUUCCCUUCAAACGGGUCUCUCGAGCCACCGGCUCAGGUUUUGCACCCAACAUCCGCCACCACGGGGCCCAUCCCCAGCAGACAAAACGGCAGCUUCUCGCACCACGUCAUCCUCGACCCGAGCCAGAAAUUCAUCCUGGUUCCUGAUCUCGGCGCCGAUCUCAUACGCAUUUUCACGUACCACCCUGACUCCGUUGCCCCGCUGACUGAACUCACGCCGCUCAAGACAGAUCCCGGCGCGGGACCAAGACAUGGCGUCUUCUGGCGCACACCCGGACAGGGAAAGGAGGAGUGGUUUUUGCUGUUCAACGGUGAAUUGAGUCAGAAGGUGUACUCGUAUCGUAUCACGUACAUUGAGGGUGGGUUGGAGUGGGAGAAGGUGGGUGAAGUGACGGCGUUGGGGGAGCUGGGGGAGGGGCUGGAACCGAAUCAGGCGCCGACUAGUGAGAUUGCUGUUUCUCCUGAUCGGAGGUUCGUUAUCGUGAGUAGUCGCCAGCACUCGUUCAAUCUGUCGCCGCUGCAUCAGAAGGAGGACAGCGAUUCGCUGUCGACGUUCAGGAUUCAGGACGAUGGUGCGUUGAGUCUGGUUCAAAUUGCUCCGUCUGGUGGCCACCUGCCAAGACAGUUUAGUCUCAACAGGAAGGGGGAUAGGGUUGCAGUCGGGCACCAGGUCAAUAGUACUGUUGUCAUUUUAGAGAGGGAUGUUAGGAGUGGGAAGAUUGGAGAGAAGGUCGCGGAGACCGUGGUCAGUGGUCCUGUAGUGUUCGUUGGCUGGGAUGAGUAG